GGGCAUAAUGGACAUUUGAUUAGAACAAUACCUGUUCAGACAUAUGAAAGAUUUGUUGUCAGAGUUUCAAAAGCCGUUCCCAUGCUUACUUCCUCUCUCUCUCUUUCUCUAUUGUAACUUUAGAAGUUUCCUUAUCCUCUCUUGAAAAAUGCAAGAUAUUCAUGAUUACUCGAUGACCGGAGGAGGAGGAGGAGGAGGAGGAGGAGGAAGAACAGGGAGGUUUUUCGGUGGCGGAGGAGGCGGAGAUCGGAGGAUGAGAGUGCAUCAGAACAAUAUCCUUAACCAUCACCAAUCUCUCAAGUGUCCUCGUUGCAACUCUCUCAACACAAAGUUCUGUUACUACAACAACUACAAUCACUCUCAGCCUCGACACUUUUGCAAAAACUGCCGUCGUUACUGGACCAAAGGCGGCGUCCUCCGUAACGUUCCCGUCGGAGGUGGUUGCCGUAAAGCCAAACGUUCCAAGUCUAAGCAGCCUCCGUCAUCAUCGUCAACUUCCACCGCCGACAAACCAAUGGCACAAGACGGAGAGGAGAAACCAUGCAGCAGCGAGAGCUCUUCUCUCCCCGCCGGCGCCGCCACUGCCGCUGCAGCAAAAGGCGUUAUGGGCGCUGAUAUGCAUAAUAUUAAACUCUACGGAAACGGGAUAGAAUGGUCUACGUUGCUAGGACAAGGUUCAUCUGACGGUGGAGUUUUCGAGAUGGGUGGUUUUACCGCGUUGUCGAUUGAUACGACACCGUUUGGAUUCGGAGGUAAUACUGUACAGCAGCAGUUUGAGGAUCGAACGGCUCAGGUUGAUCCCACUAUGGAAUUUGAACCGUUGGAUUGGGGAAGUGGUGGAGGUGAUCAAACACUCUUUGAUCUAACCAGUACCGCUGAUCAUGCAUACUGGAGUCACCAAGAUCAGAAUGAUCUUACCUUCCACAAUUCUGACAGCUUCUCUUCUUUUUGAUCCACAAAUAUAUUAUACACAUAUAAGGGUUGGCACGGAUCUCAUGCUUGACAUGACAUGCAUUCUACAUGGCUGAAGUGGAUCCCAUUUCCAUGUCGUAAUGUCAAUGGCUGACGUACUUAAAUCAAUGGUCGGCUCGUUGUUUUCUCCAACUCCAAUCGUUGCUCGAAGAAGACUUCAAAUAUCUUAGCCGAGAGAGAAAGAAAGAGUACGGAUGGAUCCUUUGUGUGUUUAAAUAAAAACCGACUGUGGGCCGUUGGAUUAGUAAAAGCUCUUAAACGCUUAGAAUCGGAACGGUGACAGCGCGAAUCAAUGGUGAUGAUGUUGAUGAGGGGUCCACAUUAGGUAGGUGGUGGUCACUGUAGGGAAAAACACUUGAAGGAGAGUAGGUCCAUCAAGGCAUGUGCGUAAGUUGUAAAAUCUCACACACAACGGGAAUGUUGGGUUGGGCGGUUGGGAUUGUCUGUGGGUUGGUUAUGAUUCCACCAUGUUCCCUAAUGUUUUCGCUAACAGUUUCAUGAUUUCUAUUGUAACUUUUCAUUGAUCGACUCGUUUGACAUAAUUAGAAGAUCUUUGUGCUCCUAA